CUCCAGGAAAGGUUUAAUUUUUCUUCCUGAAGAAACACAGGAAACUGUUCGCAGCCUAGAAAACUCCAAACCCCGCGCUCUCCCUUCUCCCUCCCUUGCGCCUCCUCCUCCAGCCUCGCCCACCAGCUCCCACCACCUCCUCUCUCCGCUCCUCUCCUCCUCUAGCCUUUCCCCUCCCUUUGGGUCUCCCGCCUUCCCGGAGCACGCGCUGCCAAGGCCUGGGGCGGCGGGCGGCCAAUGGCACGGCGGCAGGACGUGAUGUCAGGCGCGGCUGUAGAAAAGGCGCGGAGGCUUGCGCUGGCGCGGACUGCAGAGCCGAGGCUGAGCUCGGCGCGCGCUUGGGUAGCGUUGCGCGCGGCUGGGCCCGCGGCCGUCGGCUCCUCCUCCCACUCUGCUCCUCCUCCUUUUUCCUCCUCCUCCACCUCCUCCGCCGCCGCCUCCUCCUCCUCUUCCUCCUCCUCCUCUUCAAUUCUCCCAGUGGCUCGGCUCAGCUCGCAGGCUUCGCGGAGACCCCCUACUCCAGUUCGCCUUUGGUUGGGAACACACCCCGGGGGGAAGAGACGUGCAGGCAUCUGGGCCGCCGCGGGCACCUAGCUGUUCCUGGGUGAACCCCGACUGCAGCCACCGCCGCCUGGGGCAGAGUUUGCGCCCCUGAUUUGCGCCCUGGGCGCCAGAACCCAGCUAGCGAUGCCUGCGGCGUGAAAGCGCCCACAGCGGGCGCCGACCUCUGCCCUGGUCUCCCGCCCCCACCUCACCCCCUGCCCUUGUGACCCUGGCUUCGGCGCCGCCGUCCAGGCGCCCCGCGAUGUAGCUGCCCCCACGCCUCGGCGGGAGGCGUCCUGGCCCGCAGGCGCCCGCGGCCCGGAGCCCAGCCUGGGGGCGCAGCCGAGCUCGGGCGGGGCCGGGGCCGCGGUGGCGAUGCACUGGGCCGGUUAACGCCGGGAGCGCCAGGCAGCUGAGGCGGGGGGCAAGCCCUUCCUCGGGGCAGCCGCAUCCCCGGUCCCGCCGCGAUGCUGUUCCACAGUCUGUCGGGCCCCGAGGUGCACGGGGUCAUCGACGAGAUGGACCGCAGGGCCAAGAGCGAGGCUCCGGCCAUCAGCUCCGCCAUCGACCGCGGCGACACGGAGACGGUAGGCGCGCGGCUGUGGAGUUGGGGCUGAGAGCUGGGACCUGGCGGGGCCAGCCAGCGCCUCUGUUCCCCGAACUUUAGACCAUGCCGUCCAUCAGCAGUGACCGGGCAGCGUUGUGUGCUGGCUGUGGGGGCAAGAUCUCUGACCGCUACUACCUGCUGGCAGUAGACAAGCAAUGGCACAUGCGCUGCCUCAAGUGCUGUGAAUGCAAGCUCAACCUGGAGUCGGAACUCACCUGCUUCAGCAAGGAUGGCAGCAUCUACUGCAAAGAAGACUACUACAGCCCCUCCCUCCAUGGUCCCCACAGGCGGUUCUCUGUGCAGCGCUGCGCCCGCUGCCACCUGGGCAUCUCGGCCUCAGAGAUGGUGAUGCGCGCUCGGGACUUGGUUUAUCACCUCAACUGCUUCACAUGCACAACGUGUAACAAGAUGCUGACGACCGGCGACCAUUUCGGCAUGAAGGACAGCCUGGUCUAUUGCCGCUUGCACUUCGAGGCUCUGCUGCAGGGCGAAUACCCAGCACACUUUAACCAUGCCGACGUGGCAGCGGCGGCAGCCGCAGCCGCAGCAGCUAAGAGUGCAGGAUUGGGCUCAGCCGGGGCUAAUCCGCUGGGUCUUCCCUACUACAACGGCGUGGGCACUGUGCAAAAGGGGAGGCCGAGAAAGCGCAAGAGUCCAGGACCCGGGGCAGAUCUGGCAGCUUACAACGCCGCGCUUAGCUGUAACGAGAACGAUGCUGAACACCUGGAUCGUGACCAGCCCUACCCCAGCAGCCAAAAGACAAAGCGCAUGCGCACCUCCUUCAAGCACCACCAGCUUCGGACAAUGAAGUCUUACUUUGCCAUUAACCACAAUCCCGAUGCCAAGGACUUGAAGCAGCUUGCGCAAAAGACCGGCCUCACCAAGAGAGUCCUCCAGGUCUGGUUUCAGAAUGCCCGGGCCAAGUUCAGGCGCAACCUUUUACGGCAGGAAAACACGGGCGUGGACAAGACGUCAGAUGCCACGCUGCAGACAGGGACGCCGUCAGGGCCCGCCUCGGAGCUGUCCAACGCCUCGCUCAGCCCCUCCAGCACGCCUACAACCCUCACAGACUUGACUAGCCCCACCCUGCCGACUGUGACGUCAGUCUUAACUUCUGUGCCUGGCAACCUGGAGGGCCACGAGCCCCACAGCCCUUCACAAACGACUCUUACCAACCUUUUCUAAUGACUCGCCACCCCCUUCUCCCCGAGCCCCCACGAUUUCUUUAAAAAAGAAAUUAUCUUUAGUUGAAUUCCAAGUGUAUUUUAAAAAUAGAGGUUUGAGCAACUAACUAACCACGUUUUAGGAUCUCGCCUGGAAACAGAGGGAAAAAAGAAUUGUGCGUCGGGCUAACGCAGCGGUGUGUGCUGAGGAAUUACUUGGGAGAUAUAUCUGCAACACAACAUUUGUGUCCCUGUACAGUUUUGUGGACUGAGCGAGGAAAACAACAAAUAAUUUAAGUUGGCUGAGAGCUUCCGUAUUUUCAAAGACUGCCACGUGCCUUAGGAAUACUGUUUUAUCUUCAUACUUUGGAUGAAUUGUUCGUUUUUUUUCCUCUCCCUCUUUUUCUCUCUGUAUAUUUAUGACCAGAGCAAAAUGUAAAAAAGGAAAAAACAAAAAAUGUUUGUUACUUUGAAUAGUCCUAAAAAGAAAAAGGAAAAAAAAAUAAGGAAAAAAAAAUCAAAUCCCCUCCAACGGUCGCUUUCUUGUUUUAGAAUUUUAAGGUGGAAGUCUGUUCGGAUAUCAGAAUUUGUAAAACCUAACCAGUAAUAAAAUCACUUAUCGAAAAGA